GGGGUCGUUUGUUUUAUUUUGUUGUUUUUUUUUUACAGAGGAUCAAUGCACCUUCAAGGACAUUCAACCCUGAAUUACAUGACAUUACAACCUGUAACACACUCCACAAUAAUUAAAGGGGAAAAUAUACUCCACAGUAACAUAAGUUACUGUACCUUUUUUCAACUGAACAGUACAUUAUCUUGUAUUUAAAUCAUACCUUCUCCAUCUUGACUCUUGAAUAGUAACAGAACAGUGAAAUGUAAAAAUAUGACCUAUAGUAUAUUUUCCCAAAGGGACAUGGUAGCACUUUAUAUUACUAUAUAUGAAUGACCCUUUAUUAUGUUUAGUAAAAGGUACUUGUUGAAAUAGUUUGGAAUUAACCAUUCAAAUAAAGUGUAAUUGGUAGCCAUCUAUGACCUUAACUGCAGUGGUACCUACUUGGAAAAAGUGAAAGUAUCAUUUCGAUAAGUGCAUUUCACAGCCACGAGGAGACGCUGGAUUCACGUUUUCUUUGACAGUCCGGUGCUCUGUCUUAAGUAUGGGACUACCUGUACUUUUAAAGCUGUCUUUGUAGUUGACAUUAGCCUAUUCGUCAGUCAAAUUACGCGGGUCUAAUGUCAUGGAGCGGCGAGUGUAUUUAAUGAACUGGAGAACGCGGUGACUCAAGUGGCGGGGCUGACAAUGAUUCCAUCAGGGACAUUCAGGAGAUGUUUUCGUAUCGUCGUCUGGAUUCCAGUCCUCGUUGUUACCUCGGUUGUGAUAUGGUCGUAUUAUGCCUACGUUGUUCAACUUUGUAUUUUCACUCUCAACAAUACCUCUGAAAAAGUGGCUUACCUUCUGAUGUUCCAUGUCUGUUUUGGGAUGUUCCUGUGGGCCUACUGGAAGACCAUUUUUACGCCGUCAUCCCCACCUUCUAAAAAAUUUCAUCUCUCCUACUCAGACAGAAAGAGGUAUGACAUAGAGGAGAGGCCGGAAGGCCAACAGCAAAUACUUAUGGAGAUCUCACGGAACCUUCCAGUCUUCUGCCGUUCAGCAUCUGGAGCUAUCAGGUUCUGCCAUCGCUGCCAGGUGAUUAAGCCAGACCGAUGCCACCACUGCUCAGCCUGUGAAAUGUGCGUCCUGAAAAUGGAUCAUCAUUGUCCAUGGUUAAACAACUGCGUGGGCUUUUCCAACUACAAGUUCUUCCUACUGUUCCUCGUCUAUUCCUUGCUCUACUGCUUCUUCGUCGCCGUGACAACAGCUCCGUAUUCCAUCAAGUACUGGGUGGGGGAGCUCGCGUACAGACCCGCUAAAUUGCACGUUCUUUUCCUCAUGCUGGUGUCUCUCAUGUUCUUCGUGACCCUGUCAUUUCUUUUUGGGUUCCACUGCUGGCUGGUGGCAAGGAACAGGUCGACCCUGGAGUCUCUCUUAGCUCCCUUUUUCACUCAUGGUCCAGACAGGAGUUGCUUCAAUAUAGGAGCACGUGAGAAUUUUCUCGAGGUGUUUGGGCAUGAUAAAAGACUUUGGCUCCUACCUGUGUUCUCCAGCAAGGGUGAUGGGCAAAACUUCCCCAUGAGGAGCAAGAGUGAGGCUCAGAACUCCUUGUUAGCUAAUGAGGGUUGGAAGGAGGCAGGAUCUGAUGUGGAGUGUGGGGGUCUACAGAGGAGCCUGCCGGACGUCAACAGGAACGGAGCCACUGUCACAUUCCCAGAGCUUUACUUGGUUCAACCAGAUCUGGCAUCCUCACUGACUGACAAGUCGAGUCCACCUCACACACCAUGCACCUCAAGAAAACAAGCACCGUAAUUCUACCGUACCUGAAAGGUUCAUGGUUUCAACUUUCAAGUCACAAGUGGUCUACCCUCAAUCGUGAAAGAUCACACUUAACACAGCAAAAAAAGAAAUUAUAUUGUAAAGGCCUCAGCCAAAUGUGUUCCCUUUUAGUUUGUUUUGUUUGCACCAUUAAAAACAAGACAAUA